UCCAGCCGCUAGGGGGCGCCAGCGUCCCGUCCACGCAGGAGCUGUGUUGAAGCUGAGGGAGCGACUGGGCAGACACGAGCGGAACCAUGAGAGCGAUCAUCCAGAGGGUCACCAAGGCGACCGUGACAGUGGGAGAAGAAGAGAUCAGUUCAAUCGGACGAGGACUGUGUGUCCUGCUAGGAGUCUCCGUGGAGGACACCCAGAAGGAUGCGGACUACAUAGUCCGAAAGAUCCUCAACCUGCGGCUGUUUGAGGACGAGGGAGGCCGGGCCUGGACCAAGAGCGUGGUGGACCGGGACUUUGAGGUGCUGUGCGUGAGCCAGUUCACCCUGCAGUGUGUUCUGAAGGCCAACAAGCCGGACUUUCACUUGGCCAUGCCUGCAGAGCUGGCCCAGCCCUUCUACAACAGCAUCCUGGAGAACAUGAGGAGCAGCUACAAGCCGGAGCUCAUCAAGGACGGGCGGUUCGGGGCCUACAUGCAGGUCCACAUUCAGAACGAUGGACCUGUUACCAUCGACCUGACGUCACCUACGGGCCCCUCUGACCCCAAACAGCUGUCAAAGCAGGAGAAGCAGCAGCAGAGGAAGGAGAAGACGCGCUCCAAGGGCCCCUCAGAGUCGAGCAGGGAGAAGGGGGCUGCGCGGUCCAAACGGGACCCCAACGCCAGCAGUGGGGCUGACGGGGACGUGUCGUCGGACAGAGAGCCCUAGGAUUAGGAAGAACUACGGUCCUACAUUGGCUGGUGGCUGGGGGUGAAAUGCCACAGAAACGCCUUUGAUCAUGUUGCUUGUGUUUCCAUCUGUGAAAAUGGCGUCUUAUGGCCGAGGAUACAUCUCACUGUGUUUUGGCUGACUCAGCUGAGAGGCUCCUCUCUCUCAUGGGUAAACACAACCCUCUGAACCUGAACCGCAGAGAGCUAACUAACACCAACUAGUGGAGCCUUUGUCAACAGAAAACAAAUCUUUCUACGGUAGCGGAUGCUAAUGAGGGAACUUCUCAGAGCAAGCCGUAUCUGGUCUAAUGUGAUGGGGACCUUCUUCAGGAUCCCUAAAAGUAUCCCAAGACCAUGUUUGAUGAUGCGACAGGAGAGUCCACCAAUGACCGCUGGCCCCUUCUGGGACCAAGAACGAUUCUCGGACAGAGUUUGCUGUGGCCAAACCACGACACGCACCGAGGUCGACCUCCAAAAGCUCAGCAUGACUCCAUGUCUCUGAUGAAGACAAUGAAUAAGGAGCUACCCGGCUCCAGGGGCUCUGUAUCUUCAUUCCAAUGUGUUGUCUCUCGAUCACCUGGUUAUGUGGUGUUUCAUUUCAUCGGUUUCCUUGGAAUCAGUUUGACAUCUGGAUAUAUAAAGCCUUCUGCCUUCUUCUCUGGAAUCCCCAAAUGUGAUCCUGUUUAUUGAUUGAGUGCCCUCGUGGGCUCCAUGGUUACGCUUGAUGGUGGAGCAGUCAAGGAGUCUCCAUGCGUCUCUUGACAUUCUUUUUUGUAAAAAUGACGUUUGUCCACAGCCAAAGACUCAAGUUCUUUACCUGCUAACUAACCCCACGCCACAUGGUAUGCGUUUGGCAAUUGAAUGCAUUAUGUUCGAUAUUUGUUUCGGACAUAAAUACAGCCACAACAGCUGUUUUUAUUCUAAAAUAUUUUUUUCCUGAAGUGUCCCAGAACUUUGCUCCCAUUUAUACAUUAGUAUAUUGGGUAAAGGACAAUAUGGCAGCUUUAAAUGUGCACCGAGGAGAGAGGAGCACGUUGUCCACAUUGCCCUCUCCUCCUGCCUCUCUUUCAUCGUGUUGACUCUUGUCUGUUUUUCCUGUGGUGUUUGCUCCCCCCGGGGGGGAUGUGGAGGGGUUCGGGGUGCUCCUAUUUGCCUUCAGUGUUUGUUUACUAGUGCACAAACAGGGGAGGAGGAGGAGGAGGAGGAGGAGGAUAAAGAACACCGAGUCCCUCUGAGCGAUUAGCAGGCUGCAGCCGAGCUCUGCCAGUCGUACUUCCUGUUCCUGUCUCCAGUGGGAACGUCUGAAACGCUGCAUGUAUUUGGACGUAUUUGGUACAGCUUAGUCUGUUCUCCUAAGCAAACCACCUGCAUUAUUUUAGGUUCCCUCAAGUGAUCACAUCACUGUCACAAGUUCACUGAUUUAUAAAAUCCCUAUCUGCAGGAUCAUACAAAGAGGUCCUCUCCUCUUUAAAGCCUUUAGAAAUAGGAGGAGCUAGAAAUCUUGAUCUGAGUAAACAUUUAGCAGCCAAGUCCAAAGUAACGGACAUAUGCUGGCAUGUGUCGGGGCGGAACUGCCAUGCGUUGAAAUAAUAAAAAUGAAAUUCUAGACUUUUUGGAAGGUGCCUGAUAAAAUGGCAGGAGAAACACUGCUCUGUUAUCUUUGGUCUUCAGUCCUUGUUGCAAUGCUCAGAUGAGGAUGUCUUUCAUAAAUAUGUCCGCUGGGAGCCAUUAUUAUCCCACACAGUGUACUGUAUGUGUUCAGUUUAUUCAACCAUUAGAGAGACAUCUUUUAUUUGGGAAACUGAAUGAACAAUAAAAAGGUUGUUUAUUGACCAUUUUUCCUCACUGUUCACUCAUGAUGUCUGAAGGGAAUCUGUCUUUGCUGCGGUGCUAAUCCUUAUGAGCAGUAUUUAGUCAGCACAGAGCACCGUUGGAGUGUCUUUCAGCCAGUUGCUUUUGGUUUUCUGCACCACACACAAGCUCACAUAAACCGAGUGGAGACUGUACCAAAGGAAUGCUGGGUGUGUAAUAUGUUUGCUACCUUUAACCGUUUGAUUGUCAUUCCGACCUUAAAAGGUAAACGUGCUCUGGUAUGACCAGUAGCUGCUUGUGGGUUGUGUGGAGCGCUGGGACCUGCAAGGUUGGCGGUUUGAAUCCCGGCUGCCCCAUGUGCCAUGUUGAAGUGUCCAUGAGCAAGACACCUAACCCCUAAUUGCUCCCCAGGCAAAAAUGUAACGCAUGGGUUAUUAUGCAAUGUAAGUGGCUUUGGAUAAAAGCAUCAGUUAAAUGACAUGUAAUGUUAGCAGCCUAAUACUUUUCUCCCGUGCCAAUCUCACACUGUGGACAGUUCCCUCCGUCCUCAGUGGUUCGGACUGCUGAUCCUCCUUCACUGUGCGUGUCUACCUCAACUCAACUUUGUCUUUCACAUCAUCCCUGGCUGCCUCCAUCCCUCUCCGCUCAGGGACAUGGGACUGUCCUUGAAGCAUAACUCAGCUCAGAGUCCUUGGCAAAUGAACAUGAGGACAGUAACAUAAGUAUGAAAAUGAACCUGGCGGCUUUGCUUUUUAUUGCCACAGUACGCAUGAAGGCUGUCUUGAAAGGUGAUGUAUCUAGCAAUGGGGAAAAAAGACUGAAUAAAUCCUGCCGGUGAUUUCACUUUGACCUGAGAAUAAAAGAUUGAAUUCAAUGUCUCUCUUAUUCGACGAUGCAUGCUGUCAUAGGUUUGUGUAUCUGGAGAGCCCAUCAACGCACCCACUGUG